AAUAUAUACGCUUGUAUGUGUGAUUCAAGCGCCUCAUCGGGCUGGAUUCUACCCAGCACACAUCACUUGAUUGAUGUCCUGUUUUUCUUUCUCUGUUCCCAGAUGGAGAUGAUACCCGAGCCAGAUCCUGAUGAUGAAGGGACAAAAAUAAGUACGGUGAAAGUCCAGGGCAACGACAUUUCUCACAAACUGCAGCUGUCCAGAGUCAGCAAGAGCGACGAAGGACUGUACGAGUGCCGGGUGACGAGAGCCAACUACGGAGAGAUUGUGGAGUACAAAGCCCAGGCUUGGCUGAAGGUCAACGCGACAGCUAGACCCCGAAGACCACCACCACCGCCCAAGAAGAGCUCCCCCCUGCACCUGACAGACAAGAAGCCGAGAAAGUCCAGCUCACCUGCGGGCCAGGACAACAUGAGUUCAGACCAGAGGGUGACCUCCACGUCCACCUCUCACAUGCCCUCCAAAGCAGCUACACACAACCACGGCUCAGGUACUAGAAUAUCAUCAAGCUAUGGGCUGGCCGUCCUGCUUCUGGCUUGCGGUUUGAUGAGGAAUGCCUUGUUAUAAUCUGAAGAACUGAUGCGGUUUGCUCCCAGAUCUUGUUCUGUUCACUGCGGAGAAAACCUUUAAGAAAAAAAAAAAAGAAAAAGUAAUGCCUGUUUUACUUCCUCGCAACCUACUUUCCCCCCCACAUCCCCGCCAUAUGGACAGCACAGUUGGCCCCUCAUUUUCCAGCCACUAUUCCUACCCGGCACAUUUGUUUUAGCCACCCUAAGCAUCAGUCUUAAAAGGAUUACCUUUUGUACAGACAUCAACUUGGUCCAUCCGAGGUGAGGUGAGACAGCCGGACUGGUGUAUCUUGUUGCAAAACUUUUGUUGAGGACUUGACUGUCUGAAGGUUUCGCUGUGCCAGUUCAUGCUUUCAUUGCUCAAAGGUGAACAAGAAAAACUAAGAUUCUAUAUUUGUGCAAUGUAUUUGAUUCUAGAUAUAUGUCUGUUUUCUUUGAAAUACUUAGAAAUGCUGUAUGUGCUGUAUACAUAGUUACAACUCAUUGAUCAUGGAACACCAUUGUGAAAAAGCACUCCAGACCUCUCCGCGAGAUAAAUCAACUUUAAUUGCAUAAUAAAUUAGAUGAUAAUACUUAAGCACCGGGUCAAGAAAAGACCACAUUUUCAGUAGUUUUCUAGCUGUACUGACCACCCAAAUUUGUGCAUAAUUUGAUAUCUUGUCGGUACUUCAUACUCGGAUGUGCAUGCUUGGUCUGAAGGCUUCAAGAUGGAAAACAUGCCAUUGAAACACAUCAAGACUUGGAGUUCACUGUAAUAAUAUGUUGAAUUUAGCUUUAUUUUUAUGUGCUGGCUUCGGUGUAAAAAAAAAAAAAAGUCCUUUUGUCAUUUUAAUUUGUAUUGCGUCCUUCGUGGGAAUAAAGAGGAAGUCAUAAAAGAUGAGUUAUUUGAAAAUCUAAUAUGUGACCUCUUGAUGAAUUAACCUGCACCAAGUGGAAUGGUUUAGGUACCAUUCAACAUCCAGGUAUGUUUUAUGAACAUUUACUAACUUCAAACCACAAAAAAAAUGAAACAGACAAUUGUCUUUUGUCAUUUUAAAGACAAACUGAUAAAUAUGCACUUUUUUCCAGGUCAUAUUUGGGUGGAGAUGUGAAAUGGUGACAUAGCAUCCAGUUCAACACAAUCUGCCUGUUUCACCACUCUGAGACAUUGGACUUUUAUCUUUUUUUGUUUGUUUUGUUAAAAUUUCUUUUCUGAAGACCCACACACAUUGUAAGACCUUGUAGAACUUUCAUCAAGUGUACAGAAAAAAGACUAGUUCUACAAAAAGUAAGGGUCAAUCCCAAGAUGAUGAAGUUAUGUAGAAUAGAUGACCUCCAACUUCAUCAAGAUAUCAUCACCAUCUCAAAACUUUGGAUUAGUUUAAAUAAAUACAAUGCGCACCAACCAAUCUUAGUGGUUUUUAUACAGCGAAGUCAGUUAUAAGCUGAGAACUGGAUGGUGACUUCCUUCAGAAGACCAUUUAUGCAUUGGUUCUACAGUUUGUGUAGUUCAAAACAAAUACUAGAUAUUUCAUCUAGCUGCAAAGGUAAAAAAUGAUUUUGGAUGCUACGUUUGUAUUUAUAGUGUUCCUUGGUUUAUUGCGGGUUAUAGGUUCUAUAAAUGACCUGCGGAACAUAAAAGCUGAGAAGUAGGGUCAUAGAUGUUUUAAGGCUGUGAAACUCCACUUCUCUCAGACAGACGUGACCAUUUUCACAUGUUUUCUCUUAAUCUCCAAGUUUAAACUUUCACAGUAAAAUAGGUCCAGUAUUAUAGAAUGAAAACAAAGAUCUGAUCACGAUGAAGACUUAUGUAACUGUCAAGCUGCCCGUGCCACGUCUUUGUUCAUGAAGCACAGCACGAAUGAGAAUGAUUGACAAAAUCAAUGCCCAAUCAAGAUAAAGAGCACAGUGCGUUGUUAAAAAAAGAAAAAGUAUGUAAAGUACUAAGAAAUCUGCAGAGCAGCAAAACUUCAACAGAUGAACCGUGUAAUUGCGACGAAACACUGUAUUAGGUUCUGUUUUAAAUAUUUUCAUUGAAAGUAAUACAAUAUGUUGGACUUGAUUAUGUAAUAAGCCAUCUAGUGGUUACUUGUUGAUCUGAGUUUGCUCCAGUCACUUAUAUUUGUAACCAGUCUGAGGUAAACUUAGAAUACGCUGCCCUUUAUUUCCAUUGUUUCUGAGGCAGAAUCCUGCAUCUGAAUCCAGAUCCAGGAUUUAUACUUAAGUGCUGAAGAUACAGGUAAAACUUGGAACAGUAUGAAUUCACACAGUUUUAAGAAGUGUCAAAGGAACAGUCUGUUUUAUUCAAAUGAUGCUCCUGACACGCUGGGUUUGGUAAGCACUUUAUGGAGUCACCAUCACACCACAGGUGUGUCUGGGCCUUCAGAAACUUUUACGAUUUUAGCUUUUAGUUCACUUUAUGCACCAUUACAAUAUUUGCUCAAGUACCUUUUUGCGAAUGGGUAUGAAAAAAGCCAAGUAUUUACUGGGUUUAACAGUACACAAUCUUUCCCAAUUUCCCGCCAUCAGGCGGAAUUGGAAAUGACCUGGGCAAUAACAGAAUUUCCGUUUUGUUGUUAACUUUUGAGCUCUUUAAGACACAGUUCUCCAUCUAUCAGCAACAACACAGAUUUAAAUUCAAUCUGGAAUUUCUAAACUAAAGCAAUUCCUUGUCUGAACACAUAUGACACAUUUUGCUUUUGUAGUUGUUAAUGUACUUGAUUUGACAUUUGUCCUCCAAGCAUGAUAUAUUUUUUGGGUUUGUUGUUGGUUUAACUUUAAAGCGAUCCAUGUAAGAUAUGGCUACUUAUGGUUUCUACUUUUUUUUUUUUUGUAAAAUCAAAACCAACGUUUUCUAGCAAAAUCCCAAUGCAUUUUGGGAUUGAAAGUGUGCUAUAUAUACACAAAACAACAAUAAAACAAAAAUAAUGCGUGGCCUACCCCAAUAUUUUAGCGUAUAACACCCCCUGCUCCCUCACACAUUCCCCAAGUCUAGUUUCAUUGCUUUCCCAAAGAAUAGUAGAAAGGAACUUAUGUAUUCAGCACAGAGGUCAAAGGCAGACAGAGCAUGACGUUCAUCGGGGGACCAGAGGCAUCUCCUGAUCAACAGCUUCCAGCAGGACGUGUAGAUGAGAGACAGGAAGCCUGUUUAAGUCCUCAAACACGAAAUAGCUUCAGGGUCUUAUUUGGACUUUUAUUCUUGCAUUACUGUCACAAACUUGCCACUUUGCUGAGAAUGGGGUUUUCUUUUAUUAUUAUUAUUAUUAAAAACUGUUAUAUGAAACAAUAUGUUGCAAAAGAGAAGUUUAAUUUACAAGAAAGAAAAAUGUAUAGCCUAUUUUAACGAGAGGGGGGGGGGACGUGGAUGUUGGUGCUGUGGAGUGUGUGGGACUGUUUGGAAGGAUGUGGGUGGUUUGUCCAACCCUCAUGUACAAACAUAAACAUGUGUAUAACUUGUAAAUUUAACCAGAAGCAUGUUAUUUUUCUUUGGAGUCCAUGACGAUGCAGAGGCCAGUGAUGUUCUGUAAAUGUAACAAUGGUGUCAUGUAUUCACAUUCAAGUGUAAACAAGUCCAAAACGGACCUUCAUUUCUUUCAAAUGAACUUGGGUAAAAUGUUUUUUCCACACAUCAAAUUAUGUCUAUAUCUAUAUACUCACAAAGUAUAUGCAUACAUCUAUAUAUGAACACCAUAUCUUUAAUUAUGACCUUUUUAUGGAGGUGGAUUACCUGAUAAGAAAGUCAUGUGAUAUGAUGUGUAAAGGAAAUAAGGGAAUGUUGACUUUCGAUGGACUAAUAGUCGUAGAAAUGACGAAUUUCGAAGACAAAUGAAGCAGCCAAGACUUUCUCCAAAGAUGAUACAAGUUCACAUUGAUAAUUCUUUUCUUUGAAAAAAAAGUCACACGAGUCUGUUUCUGUUUUAUAUACCAUCCUAAUCACUCACUGUAGGUGUAUUUGUUUCUUCUAAUGUAUUUCAUUUCAAUGCGGUCCUGUUGGUUCGUUGAGCUGUCAAACGUUUUAUUGAAUUAUGAUUCUCUUUCAUUUUGGUAUUGUGUGAGGCUUCUGUACUGAAACGUUGCAUCAGUUUGUAUUAUAAUGACAAUACCGGGAAAAAAAAGCGAUGUUUAAAUAAACCAUUUUCACAGACGAACUUCAAACACUGA